AAAAAGAGGAAAGAAUAUGUGGCGUAUUUUAACCCAAGUAAGUACACGUACACUUCAUAAUAUUUGUCUGGGUAAAUGCAGUGCUCUUGACUUCAAUUCAUGAUGGCAACUGUGACGUGUUGAAUUAUGGGUAGGUAGAUCAGUCAGCCUCAAAUUUACAGUGUUUGUACGAGAAUCUGAGAGCAAAACACUUUCUUAAAAAAUUUCCUAGUAAUUCAUGAAAAGCAAACUAGGUUAUGACUGAUCCAUGUACCCAGAAUUCAAUGUAUGACAUCAUUUUUUUUAUGACAAAUGUUGCAUUUGGCCAAUUGUGUACUGUUUGCCAAUAUGGUUUGUAAGUUUUCUGAAUGUUUUUUCUUCCCUGCAUGCAGGAGAGUGGGAGUACUUUAGAACUGGUGCAAAAGUUCUUUUUAAACUUAUAAAUUUAGUAUAUAAAGGGGGUGCUGCACUCAGUUUAGUUAUAGAAAUGUAUUCUGUUGUGAUUGUUUUAUGCCAGUAUCUAAUCUAAUUUAUCUUUUCAUUUAAUUUCCACUACAGAACUGACACAGGCAUCGUGCGACUGCAUUAUUUUAGUUGCCUUGGACAAGCCAUCUGUGAUGCAUGUCCAAAGAUCCAAGGAACUAGAAAAGCUCAAAAAAUUGUUUGGGCUGAGCCUCCUAAGAGGCAAAGAUAAAAACACUUAUAUAAGGGCAACAGCGAAUGCUCUCCUGGAACAUGGGUAUGUUGAAGUGGAUAAAGAGGGAGACCUUACCAACCUC